CAUUUCCCAGGAACUACUGGGACCAGCAGCGGGAUAGCGUUGACUUGGUGCAAUGCAUCUUGGGAUAUGUAGUUCACAUGGUCCUUUGAGAGCAACAGUUACAGAAUCCAAAAGCCUCGGUUUCCCGGCAAGCUUCAGGGUUUGAGUGUUCGUGUCGCUUGCAAAACGUAGUUCGGUAACCUCCAUCGCCGGUUGUCUCCGUGAGAGAAGAACUCAGUUUCCCAAGUGGCAGUGCGGCUACAAGUCCGAAGUCGCGCUUCCCGGGUCUGUAAGGAGUGUUUGAACUGGGUGGCGCCUGUAGUUGUUGCAUGGUUCGGCGCGAUGAUUCCUGAGUAUUGGAUCUGGAGUGGUCUCGACCAAGAUUCGGCACUCUCAACUCUCACCUGAUAUCUGCGUAUCAGUGUAUUUCUCUUUCCCCCUAGUUUCCCCAAGCGCCGUUCCCUUGACUAGUCCCACUUUUGACCUGAUACCUUUAGUAUUACAUCCCCGAUACCCACUCUCUGACGUGUGACUUUACCGGGCUGUGCUUCGGGUAUUCUGAGCUGUGAGAGCAAGGGCACAAGACGCCAGGACGCAGCCUCGCCAAAGGUUAUGAGUAGGAGCCUGAGCUGGUCUGAGCACCUCGACACACUUCUCAAUGCUACUGAUGGAAAUGUGGCCAGGAUUAAGCAGCGGCUGUAUCCUCUUGGAGUCUCCACAGCAGGAGACCUGGCUGGGACCUGGAUUUCCCCUCAUCACUUGCCUCCACAGACUGGAGUCCAAACUCGACAGCCUUGGGGUCUAGAGACUCUCUUUGUUCCAGAGAAGCUGAGUUGGGCUGAGGCCCACAGGACAAUUUCUCUCCGGGAUGAAGUUAGUAUUUUGCGAUCCCAGCUUCAAUCCCAGGCUCAGGUGACUGAGGCACUAAGGCAGGCUGUGCGGGGGCUGCUGGAAGAGCAGGAGCAGCAGAAGUACCAGAUCUGUGCUCUGGAAGCUUCACUAAAGUUGCUGCAGGGGGGCCCAGAGCGGAGGGCCCUCCUCCUGGAGCAACGCCUGGAGGGGCUGAGAAGGGAAUUACAGGUUCUUCGAAGCCAGGUGCAGGAACAGGCCCAAGCCCAAAUACAAACAGGACCACGAAAGUGCAGUGCUUCUAGUGGCCUUCGCCAAGAACUGCAGAAUGAGCGGCAACUCCUGUGGGAGGAGUCAGAGGUUCUUCGGGAGGAGCUGAAGCUUCUGCGGGACCAGCUGAGCCAGCACCAGGAGCUGCUGCUGAAACAGAUGGCUGAGGGGCAGCAAGCUCAGGCCCACAGCUCAAAGAUGUUGGAGCAGCUGCAAAGUGGCCCGGAGGGCAAGGGUCAUACCCUGGAGGCUGCCAGGACAGAGGCACAGGAUGUCCGGCGUGAGCACAACCUCCACAGGACUUCCGUUCACAUCUUCCAAUCUAACCUGCCUGUGGCUGCCACCUUCGCCAUGUCUCUUUCUUCAUCUCGCUCUGAAGUCAGUCUUCCGGACAGUUACAGUAGCUGGGAACAUUUAAGGAAGCUAGGUGGAGAUCUUCAGAGGAGCACACUUUCUAAACUGGAGCCCAGCAGCUUACAGCUCUAGGCCCAGAGCCAUGAGCAGGAGAACCUCUUCUUUAAGGGCCUCACAAUGUUCCUGAGUGACCUGUAAGGACUUUUAUGAGUAGUUUUGCUCACUUUUCCCCUCCAAGGCCCUGUUUCUGGCCCCCUCUACAUCUCUUCUCUUGAUCUAGCUAGUAUCUGCCCUCCUUACUGGGGCUUGUCACUGCCUGCCCAUCCUUGGCCACCAGCUGCAAUAAAAUGUUUUAACCCUUCCUGAUA